AUGACGGAUUUGAUGGGGAGAUUUCGGCACAUAUCGAAAGAGCAGAGAAGAAGAUAUCCUCGCAACAUUAUAAGGAAUCAGAAGUACAAGUGGUAUACAUUUAUUUUUGCAGUGUUGAGGCUGCAGUUCAGUCACUUCUUCAAUACAUUUCUAUUUUUUGUGUGCAUGACACAGCUGAAAAAGGAGUAUCUUGUAUCAUCUCUUGUGGCCUCUGUUGGGCCAUGGGCAAUGGUUCUGGCAUUUUCACUUUUUAAAGAAGGAGUAGAGGAUUAUAAGAGGUAUGAGAGAGACAAGAUUACCAACAGCCAACUGUAUGCGAAACUCACAAGCCAAGGGUUUGUCCGUGUGCCUAGUUCAAAGAUAGAAGUAGGAGAUUUAAUCCUGCUGGAGAAGAACGAAAGAGUACCUGCAGAUAUGGUUCUUCUCAAGACUUCUGAUGUGUCUGGACAAGUGUUUGUAAGGACGGAUCAAUUGGACGGGGAGACUGACUGGAAGCUGAAGCUGACGAUUCCAAGAAUGCAGGCUGCAGGAUUUGACGAACUCCAGAGGCUAAGUAUACUUGCCGAAGAACCAAACAAGAGCAUAUACUCGUUUACAGGAAAGAUUAAGAUUGGAAAGUUUUCUAAGGAUGAACUCGAGGAAGUUGAAGAGGAGGAUGGAGAAGAGCAAGGAUUUAUUAGACAGAUGGAAAGGCUUUUAGAGGUUGAUUUUGGAAAGCCUGAGGAGGGUUCUGGAGUGUGUGAGAAGCCUCGAGAUGUUUCCUGGGUCUAUUCCUCUCCUGUCGAAGGAAGUGAAGAAAAUGAAUCUCUUCAUGAGAGUUGGGAAGGUCCCAAUGAAAAUGAUGAAGAUUCUAUUGAAGCAUUAGCAGGAGAAGGACUUGAAGUGGGCAAUGAAAGCAACGUGGGAAGAGAGACUGAAGAGGCCGAUGUAAGUUUAAGAGAUGAAGAUGGAAAAGAGAAUAUAACAGAACCGCUUGAUUGUGAAAAUAUGCUUUGGAUGAACACUGUUAUUGCUACAUGUUCGGUUCUUGGAUGUGUUGUGUACACCGGAAAGGAUGCAAAGGCGAUGCUCAACACGUCUCAGCCUCGGAAUAAGAUAGGAAAGAUUGAGAACGAGUUGAAUGGAUAUAUGAAGGUUCUAGGGGUUGGAUGUAUGCUGCUUGCAGGGAUAUUUACAUACAUGCGAGGAGCUACAUCCAGACCAGACAUUGUAUUUAUUAGAUUUCUUGUCCUAUUUUCUUCAGUGAUUCCUAUUUCAUUGAGAAUCACUGUGGACUGGGCAAGGUACUGCUAUGGAAGAUAUAUAUCUGGAGACGAAAGAAUAGAGGGAGCAAUGAUGCGGUCGAACGGAUUGCCAGAAGAGCUUGGAAGGGUGUCUUACCUUCUUACCGACAAAACAGGGACACUGACCAAGAAUGAGAUGGAGAUGAAGAAGAUACAUCUUGGGACGAUUUGCUACACAAAAGAGUUGAAUAGAGAAAUCAGCAAAAAUCUUGCAAAGGUCUUAAACAGUAGAAGUGAUGGAAAGAGAGUGUUUUCCCGAGUGAAGAAGGAUAUCAAUGCAAGGGUGUAUGACUUGGUGCAAGCACUCAGUGUGUGCCAUAAUGUUACUCCUGUCAUUUCUGAGAACGAGAUAAGCUACCAAGCAUCAAGUCCUGAUGAGGUUGCAAUUGUUCAGUGGACAGAAUGUGUCGGAAUGAAGUUGUACCGAAGGGAUAGGUCUCGGAUAAUUAUAAGGGACCCCCUGAAUGAUGAGCAGGAGUAUCAGGUGCUCUACACUUUCCCGUUUACUAGUGAGACAAAAAGGAUGGGGAUCAUAGUGAGGUAUAACGAAGAAGUCAUAUUUUUCUUGAAAGGUGCCGAUGCAGUUAUGAAAGGGAUAAUAAAAGGGAACGACUGGGUUGAGGAAGAAGCAGACAAUAUGGCCCGAGAUGGUUUAAGAACACUUGUUAUAGCAAAGAAGAUUCUCAGCAAAAAGGAAUUUGAGUCUUUUGAGGAUAUGUAUAAUAAGGCGUGGAUAAGCCUAAUUGACAGGGCUGAAGCCAUGAGCAAAGCAAUGGGGAUUAUCGAAAAUAAUAUGAACGUUCUUGGAAUAACAGGUGUUGAAGACAAGCUUCAAGACGAUGUUAAGAUUACGCUUGAAAACCUGAGGAAUGCAGAAAUGAAGGUUUGGAUGCUUACUGGGGAUAAGAUAGAGACAGCUAUUUCGAUUGCAAGGUCUUCUAGAAUUUUCCAUAGGGGCACUACAUACUUGGUUAUUAGUAAUGCAAGCUCCGCCGGGGAGGUUAAAGCAAAGCUUGAUCUGCUGCGUGGAUCUGGAUAUAACUCCUUGGUUAUUGAUGGGCAAAGCUUAUCGUUUGUGGUUGAAAGCUGUAUGGACGAAUUCAUUGAGAUAGCUUCUGGGCUAGAGGCCGUUGUUGGAUGCAGAUACACACCCACUCAAAAGGCUGCUAUUGCGAGGGAAUUGAAAAACAAAACAAAGAAAUGUGUUUGCUGUAUUGGAGAUGGAGGGAACGACGUUUCAAUGAUAACGGAAGCAAACGUAGGAAUAGGAAUAGUUGGAAAGGAAGGUAAUCAGGCAUCCCUGGCAGCAGACUUUAGUAUCAACAAGUUCUCCCACGUUUCAGAUCUUCUCUUCUGGCACGGGAGGAAUUCCUACCAAAGGACAGCAAAGAUAGCACAUCUGAUAAUACAUCGAGGGCUUACGCUGACGGUAAUUCAAGCGAUUUUCUGUUCUCUCAUAUACUUUGUCCCUGUAGGUCUAUUUAGAGGAGAGCUCCUCAUGAUGUUUAUAACUGUUUACACCUUUCUUCCUAUAUUCUCAAUUAUCUGCUCUAGUGACAUAAGUAGAAGCGUUGUUGUGAAAUUUCCAGAGCUCUACAAAGAGCUUACGGAGAACAAGCUUCUCUCUUAUAGGCACUUUUCUGUGUGGAUCCUGAUAUCGUUCUAUCAAGGAACAAUCAUGAUGAUAACAUUCUAUCUGCUGAAACAGGAGUUUUUCAUCAUCUCGACCUUAACUUUCACAAGUCUGAUCAUCAAUGAGCUUCUAAUGGUGAUACUAACAACCACUAGGAUGACAUCGAUGGUCUUUGUAUCCUCUGGAAUGUCUCUUGCCAUAUAUGUCAUCUAUUUUAUUCUUAGGAAAGGGCUUUUGAGAUAUCAGAAGCCUUUCUACCUUUUCUUACUGAAGAUUGCUGUUGUAAACACCCUUGCAAUACUAGUUAGUGUAAUUCAGAAGCUUUGGAUAAAGUAUAUGAGCCCCCCAACAUACUCAAAGCUAGAAGUUUUGGUGUAA